AUGUCUGAGACGUUCGAGUUCCAGGCUGAGAUUUCUCAGCUGCUCUCGCUGAUUAUCAACACCGUCUACUCAAACAAGGAGAUCUUCCUCCGUGAGCUCAUCUCCAACGCUUCGGAUGCCCUCGACAAGAUCCGCUACAAGGCUCUCGCCGACCCUAAGGAGCUCGAGACCUGCCAAGAUCUGCGCAUCGACAUCAUUCCCGAUGAGGCCAACAAGACCUUGACUAUCCGGGAUACCGGUAUCGGUAUGACCAAGGCUGACCUUGUCAACAACCUGGGUACCAUUGCCCGCUCCGGCACCAAGCAGUUCAUGGAGGCCCUCACUGCCGGCGCUGAUGUGUCCAUGAUCGGACAGUUCGGUGUUGGCUUCUACUCUGCCUACCUUGUGGCCGACCGUGUGAUCGUCCGCUCCAAGCACAACGACGACGAGCAAUACGUCUGGGAGUCGUCUGCCGGUGGUACUUUCAGCAUCACCCACGACGAGGGCCCUGCCCUUGGCCGUGGUUCCGAGAUGAUCCUCCACCUCAAGGACGAGCAGCUCGAGUACCUCAAGGAGUCCAAGAUCAAGGAAGUCAUCAAGAAGCACUCUGAGUUCAUCUCCUAUCCCAUCUACCUUCACGUCCUCAAGGAGACCGAAACUGAGGUCCCCGACGAGGAGGCCGACGUCGAGGAGGUCCAAGACGAUGGCGAGAAGAAGCCCAAGGUCGAGGAGGUCGACGACGAGGAGGAGGACAAGGAGAAGAAGCCCAAGACCAAGAAGGUCAAGGAGAGCAAGAUUGAGGAGGAGGAGCUCAACAAGCAGAAGCCCAUUUGGACUCGCAACCCUGCCGACAUCUCCCAGGAGGAAUAUGCUUCCUUUUACAAGUCCUUGUCCAACGACUGGGAGGAUCAUCUCGGUGUCAAGCACUUCUCUGUUGAGGGUCAGCUUGAGUUCCGCGCCAUCCUCUUCGUCCCCAAGCGCGCUCCCUUUGAUCUUUUCGAGACCAAGAAGACCAAGAACAACAUCAAGCUCUACGUCCGCCGUGUCUUCAUCACUGAUGAUGCCACAGACCUCAUCCCCGAGUGGUUGUCCUUCGUCAAGGGUGUUGUCGACUCUGAGGAUCUUCCCCUCAACCUGUCUCGUGAGACCCUGCAACAGAACAAGAUCAUGAAGGUGAUCAAGAAGAACAUUGUCAAGAAGUCUCUCGAGCUCUUCCAGGAGAUCGCCGAGGACAAGGAGCAGUUCGACAAGUUCUACAGCGCCUUCUCCAAGAACCUGAAGCUUGGUAUCCACGAGGACACCCAGAACCGCCAGGUUCUCGCCAAGCUCCUGCGUUUCUCCUCCACCAUGUCUGGUGAUGAAAUGACCUCGCUGACUGACUACGUCACCCGCAUGCCCGAGCACCAGCAGAACAUGUACUACAUCACCGGCGAGUCCACUGCUGCCGUUGCCAAGUCUCCCUUCCUCGAUGCCUUGCGUGAGAAGGGCUUCGAGGUUCUUUUCCUCACUGACCCCAUUGACGAGUACGCCAUGACCCAGCUCAAGGAGUUCGAGGGCAAGAAGCUCGUCGACAUCACCAAGGACUUUGAGCUCGAGGAGACUGAGGAGGAGAAGAAGAAGCGUGAGGAGGAGGAGAAGGAGUACGAGAGCCUUGCCAAGGCCCUCAAGAACAUCCUUGGCGAGAAGGUUGAGAAGGUUGUCGUCUCCCACAAGCUCGGCGCCUCGCCUUGCGCUGUCCGCACUGGCCAGUUCGGCUGGUCCGCCAACAUGGAGCGCAUCAUGAAGGCCCAGGCCCUGCGCGACACUUCCAUGUCCAGCUACAUGUCUUCCAAGAAGACUUUUGAGAUCUCGCCUAAGUCUCCCAUCAUCCAGGAGCUCAAGAACAAGGUUGAGAGCGACGGCGAGAACGACUCCCAGGUCAAAUCAUUCGUCACUCUCCUGUUCGAGACCUCGCUGCUUGUCUCCGGCUUCACCAUCGAGGAGCCCAACAGCUUCGCCGAGCGCAUCCACCGCCUCGUCCGCGUUGGCCUCAGCAUUGACGAGGACGAUGCCCCCCCUGCCGGUGCCACCGCCGCUGAUACCCCUGCCGCCGCCACCGGUGACAGCGCCAUGGAGGAGGUUGACUAA